AUGUCGAAAGAGACUGAUGAGGAUAAUCGUAGUCAACUUUCUUUUUGGUUUGGGAGCUGUUGCAAUAAUUUAUUUCAACGAUCAAAAACAUCUCCAUCAGAACACAUUCAUUCAAGUUUAAUCGAUAAGAAUCAAAAAAAUUCUCGUUUUGUAUCUCAGGCUGGCAAACAAAUUGUGACACGUGAUUCAAAUUUCGACGGUCUACUUCACGAUCCUCUUGAAGAAAAUAUUACUUCUAUCCUUCAUACUAAUGAAAACACGAUUCCCUGGGAAGAUUACAAAGAACUCAUGCGUAUAACAAGUCCUUUUCAUAUAACAGUAGAAACACUCACUCAUGUUAUGACAGCUAUGGAAAAACAUUGCCAAAUGGGUCUUGAUCCAAGUACAAAAACUGAUAGUGAUCUUAAAAUGUUACCGACAUAUGUAACAAAUUUGCCAACAAAAAAUGAAUACGGUGAAAUAUUAGCGCUUGAUAUUGGCGGUACAAAUUUUCGAACAUUAUUAGUUAAACUUAAUCCAAAUACUGAAUCUGAAGUUAUAUCGGAAGCACAUAUUGUGCCGGAUUCGAAAAAAAUUCUUGGAAAUGAUUUAUUCGAAUUUAUUGUCGAUGUAUUAAAACAAUUUAUGAUACGAAAUCAGCUUGAUCUAAAUCUAGAAUAUGUACUUGGUUUUACAUUUAGUUUUGCAUGUGAACAGAUAGCGUUGAAUAAGGGCAAAUUUUUAACACCAUCAAAAGGAUGGAUUUUAUCAGAUUUAAUUGGACAAGAUGUUGUCGAAAAAUUACAAAGAGUUAUCUAUCAGAAACAGUUAAAAGUUAAAAUAACAGCAUUAAUUAAUGAUACAGUUGGAACACUGAUGGCUUGCGCUUAUCAUGAGCCUACUUGUCGAGUAGGUGUAAUUCUUGGUACUGGUACAAAUGCCUGCUAUUUUGAAGAUAUCAAUAAAAUUCAUACUAUCAAGGAUCGAUCAGUUCUUUCGUCAGAGGCAACAGACAUGAUUAUUAAUACGGAAUGGGGUGCUCUCGGUGAAAAAGGUUGUCUAGACAUGUUAAUAACAGAUUUUGAUAGAGAAAUCGAUAGAAUGUCAAAUAAUCCAGGCGUACAUAUAUUUGAAAAACUUAUAUCCGGAAUGUAUAUGGGUCGUUUAGCUGCUGAAGUUUUAGCUGCUCUUAUUAAUCAAGGUAUUAUUUUGAAAAUUCAACGUGACCAUAAACAAUCGUAUCGUUAUUAUGCACCAUUUCAUGCACUUUAUAUGUUGCAAACGAGUCAUAUAUCAGAAAUUGAACUCGAUACUGGUCGUACAUUUGCUAAUACAAGAAAUGUUUUAAAAAAAUUAGGUUUAGAAUAUGCAACAAAUGCUGAUUGUGCUAUUAUAUCAUAUACAUGUCGACUAAUCUCCAGGCUUGAAAUCACAAUGAAUUCAUAG